AUGGACGACUCGUCGUGCACCCCCAACGCCUUCGAGGCCGUCAUCACGACCCUCUCCUUCUUUUCCCUCUGCGUCUCCUGGUGGCUCGUCGACGUGCCCCUGCUCUUCGUGAAGCCGCCCCGGCGCAGCAGCGACGGCGACGCCUCGUCUUCGCCCGGUCGCGUACGACUCUUCUUUUGCGCCGUGGCGUGGAACUGCAUCCGCGCCGUCCAGCCGACCUACAUUGGCCUCAUCGCCCUCGCGCGCGCCAUCUCGGACGGUCGCAACAGCACCUCGGCGUGGCCGCUGCUGUACUACUUUGGCGACGCGCUGCCGAACCACCCCCAGGUGCUCCGCCCGACCGCCCUGCAGUGGGUGAAGGUCGCCCUCCUCGACGGCGUCAUCCUCGUGACGGAGAUCCUCCUCGUCGUGUACGGAUACACGGCCGGCCGCUACCAUGACACGCGCGUCUUCGCCGCCGGCAUGUGGAUUCUCUCCACGACGCCCGCCUGCGUCCUCGGCGCGUACCUCCUCCUGUUCGUCUCGCGGCGCGUGAGCCGCCUCCACCACAGCUGGCGGCUCGCCACAGCGGGCUCCCUCCUCGUCCUCGUGGGGCUGGCGCUCAUCCUCUCGCUUUACUUUUCCGCGCCGAGGGACAGAGUCCCCGCGAUAGCGAGCAUCAUGACGAUGCAGUGGGUGCUGCCGCUGCUGCCGAUGGUGGCGUGUCAAUGCACUUGCUGCGGACUCAGCAGAGGCAUGCCGUGGCGCAUCGUGUACUUGAUCUUUGCGGUCGCUGUCCGCACCAUCACGCUGACGCUGGACGUGGGCAGCUCGACGUUCUCCAACGAGUUUUGGUUCUGCCGCGUGCCGCCUCAGGCCGGCGGCUGGGUGACGGGCGUGUUCGGCGGCGCGCUGCUCUUCGGCUUCGCCAUCAAGGGCGUGGUGGACGCGGAGCGGUGGAGGCCGGAGCUCGUCAAGGUGUGGAAGGGCCAGCAGCAAGGCGCGUUGUCUACGGAGACGUACGUGCCCCUCCAGGACGACGAGGAGCGGCAAAACGAACCGCCUCGGCCGCCGCAAUCGCCUCCGCCUCCUUUUACGCCGCAGCCGCAGCAACAGCAGCAAGGCGAGGACCACGGCGAGUCCGACAUGCUCCAAGCCGAGGGCAUUGAGCGCCGGUCGACAGACUUGCCGUCCUACCAGGAUGCGACGCGGCGGACCGACACAAUGCCGCCGUCGUACGGCGAGGCUGCUCCGGAUGGUCAAUUGGUGUUUGACUGA